AUGCCUGGCCAAUGCCCCCACCGGCGAGAUAAGAGCGAAGGUUCCAUCCCAAUACCAAAGUCAUCACUCGAGCUCAUAGAAGACUCCUUACGCAUCGUGGCGGCUUGCAGCACAAUCACUACCGUUAUCCUGGCCAUCGGCAUAUACUACAUCCACAAAGGCGUCCUCAAUGACUGCAAUGUAUAUCACGACAUUGAGUCUGUGAUUGUGGGAUUAUCUGCGGUUGCAUAUUUCUUCUUAGUGUUCUCAGUUCUCAGCGCAUUUUACCUAUGGCAUUACAUUCGGAUGAUUCGGCUCGAAAUAACGCAGAAGAUGAAGGAGACAGGUUCCGGUCACAACGAAGGGCGUGAAGAGGAUGGACAUACCCAGAGCCAAGUGAGCAGGAGGAGCACUACUGUUUCUUGCGUUGGCGAUAUGAGCGGCGAAUCUCCGUCCCAGUCUGGUGCCGCCACAAUGAUUUAG